UAACUUGGAAAGAUAAAAGUGGAAAUAAGCACAAAGUUAUUAGUACAAAAUCCUCUUCUGAUGCUGCACGACAAUUCAUACAGAAAUUGACACAAAAUAAAAAUAAUAAUUUAUCAGGAGUAAUACUUUUUGGUUUGGAUUUGCAAUGCCUUGAAUUACGUCAAAAAAAUGAAUAUCAUAAAAAAGAUUUUUUAUAUCUCAAAUCUGAAGCACAACAAAAUUCUCGUUUAAAAAAAUUUGCUGCAGAUCUUUAUUCGUAUUCUAGAACUUUAUUUGAAGAAUAUAAUUUUACUGAUACGACUUUAGAUUGUUUAGAAUUAAAUAUUUCUAACAAAUUAGUCAAAGUCGAGUUUACUAG